AUGUGGUGCAACAACUCCCAGCUUUCUGUGGAUCACAUCUUGGCCGGGUCAUUUGAAACGGCAAUGCGGCUCCUCCAUGACCAGGUGGGAGUGGUGAACUUCGGCGCAUACAAGCAACAUUUCCUCCAUACCUUCUCCCGAGGACGCAGCACCUUCCAGGCUCUGCCGGGGCUUCCCGCCAUGUACGGCUACCCACAGCGCAACUGGAAGGACGCGGGAUUGAAGAACGGACUUCCUGCGGUUGGUCUGAAGCUCAGCGAUCUCAUCCAGCGGCUGCAGCUGUGCUACCAGCUCACCACGUCCGGCAAGUUCGAAGAGGCGGUGGAGAAGUUCCGCCUGAUUCUGCUCAGCGUUCCCCUUCUGGUGGUGGACAACAAGCAGGAGAUCUCCGAGGCUCAGCAGCUGAUCACCAUUUGCAGAGAAUACAUCGUGGGUCUCUCCAUGGAAUCGAGCGAAAGAAACUUCCAAAAGAGAACUCUGGAGCAGCAGAAGAGGAUCUGUGAGAUGGCAGCCUACUUCACACACUCCAACCUGCAGCCCGUCCACAUGAUCCUGGUGCUCAGAACGGCUGUCAACCUCUUCUUCAAACUCAAGAACUUCAAAACGGCCGCGGUGUUCGCCAGGCGGCUGCUGGAACUGGGACCCAAGCCUGAAGUGUCACAGCAG